GGGACCUCUUCAUACCAGCAGGGCCCAAGCCAUACACAGAUUGCUGCCUUCCUUCACUUGGCUCCCUCUACCCAUUGAGAAACAGCAACUGUGACCAUGGGGAACAUCUUUGGAAACUUGCUGAAGAGCCUGAUUGGGAAAAAGGAGAUGCGCAUCUUGAUGGUGGGGUUGGAUGCUGCUGGGAAAACCACCAUCCUCUACAAGCUGAAGUUGGGGGAAAUUGUCACUACCAUUCCUACCAUAGGCUUCAAUGUGGAAACUGUUGAAUACAAGAACAUCAGCUUCACAGUCUGGGAUGUGGGUGGCCAGGACAAGAUUCGGCCCCUCUGGAGACACUACUUCCAGAACACCCAAGAAGUGAGCGCCAGCCAAUGCCCACCCCCCACCUCCCUCCCAACAUGCACCCACUCUCCACCCCAUUGUAAGUGUGGUGAGGACCCCAAGUACCAUGUCCACAUGUCUAGCAAGAGCCUUGCCCACUCCCUGACAACUGACAUGAUUGGUCUUGUUUCCCAGUUGCUGUCCUGAUGAAGAUUUGCUCCAAUUUAUUGGAUCUAAAACAAAACAAAAUAAGAGUGUUAUGGUUUCACGGAGUGGCCCCCAUUUUUUCACCACUCCCCCAAAGUUUUUAUGGGGAGAGGCUUCUCUGCCUUUGCUUGAUUUGGCUCUGAUUGUUGUGCUCUUGGCACCCAAGUCCCCUCCUGUCUCCAUAAGCCACUCCCUUACACCUUUGUCCCUUCCCCUCUGCUUCUACAUGGAAAUUGCACGGGCCUCUGUGUGUAUGCGUGUGAGUGUCUAUGUGUAUGAGUGAGUGAGUGUAUGUGUGUGUGUGUGUAAGUAUGAAUGUAUAUAUGUGUAGAGAGAAAUCUAUAAGGGGGCCAGGGAAAUGGACAGAGUUGGGGCAGGCCCAGGUCAGUGCAUAGACUUCCCCUCCCCUGUCACUCUCACCUUGCCAAGGAGGAAGAAGGGGAAGAGGUUUGAGCUGGGUUGGGCUAGGUUACCUGGGGAGUCUCUGUUCUGUCAGUCAGUCUGGACCUCUUUCCUCUGGUCUUCUGGCUGGUGAGUCUCUCAUUGGUUUCCCUGAGUAUGUGACUUGCUUCUUCUCUUGUUAGCCUUGGAGAGAGGAUGUCUCACCCCUCAAUUCUAGACUCUCCUACCAAGCAUAGGGGUGGCUUAGGAUAAGGACCAGGUUGGGGGUUGGGGGAGGUAGAAAAAGCCUUGCUUUCCAUUUUUGUCUUCUUUGGCUGUUGGCAAGUGAAGAUGCAUGUUGGAGAAGUGACUCUUCUAAGACACCAUGCCCCUGCCUCCAUUCCUUAUUUUCAUAUUCCUCCUGGGAGAACAGUUCACUCCCCUAACUCUGGGUCCUCCCUAUCCCCAGCAGUUCUGCUGGUCUCUCCAAGUCUCGCUGAUUUGCUUAAUGGAGAGUGUAAAAUAGGCUGCCUCUACCUCCUUCCUCUUCUCCACCUCUUCUUCAUGGCUUCUCUGAGCCCAGGGACCACUGACAUGAGAAUAUUCUCAUUUCUGGGCACUCAAACAAACCUCCCCGCUUUUUCUGUUCCCCAGUUAACUUGUCUCCUGCACUCCACACCCUCAUGCGUAAGUCGGUCUAGAUGCUGGAGUGUAGCUCGACACUGGAACAGCUACUGGAAUUUAGGUGGGAGUCAGCCUGCCCUUGCCCCUUAUUCUACUGGUGGUGCGUGUGUUUUGGUUUGUUUAAGCCCUGCUGCUACACCCCCUUUCAAGACUAUGGGUAUCAGACAACUGCGUUGUGACCAAGGAGGCCCUGCUUGUCUCCCCAAGGUUUCUGUGAAGCCUACAGCUGCUGUUUGAGCUCCUGUGUGUGCUGGCUGCGCCCUGAGCUCCAAGUCAGCCCCUGUAACCCACCCUCCCUCUAGAAAGUUGGGGCCUCUGUGGGAAUCUCUCCAUAGUCUUCCCAGUGUAGAGCCCCUCUCUAGAUAGGGUGCUUUUUGCCAUGCCCUGGAAAGGAGGUCCUUACCUAUUUCUGUCUGCCAGGAAUGCUCUUCCACUCCCACCUUAAUCCUCAUUGCAGCAGAUAAAUCAGUGUGCCCUCUGGCCCCUCAUCUUCCCCAGAUUGAACUGUGAAGAGAGUUUCCUUGGGGAUAGCUCCCCCUUUUGUCAGUUAUUUAGUGACAAUUUAUUUGGGAUGUGUUGGGCGUUUGCAAGUUGUCCUUCUCUCUGGGCCUUUGUGUGUUUGUUGGUGGGAAGGGGUUGGGGUUUCUGGUUUGUUUUUCCAUUUUGACAACUGUGCCCUGUCCCUGGGAAAGCAUUAAGACUUCUGUCUUUUGCUUUACUUACUUGUCUCCCUUCCCUCUGACUGUUUUUCACUGUCAUUACCUCUCUUUCGUCUCUUGUUUCUCUUUUCUCCUCUCUUUCCUUCCUAUAUCUAUCUCUGCUCUCUGCACUCCUGAUUUUCUUUGAUUUCUCUGCACUUGAUGGUGACUUGUCUUUCUUAAAUUUUCCCCACCUUUAUUUGCUCCCCGACCCAUUCUAGCUUUGGGUCAGGCCAGAUAGGCCAAACUGAAGAUCUCAUCCCAUUCCCCCCCUUCUUUGAAGAAAUGUGCCUGGGAGAAUAGGAAAACAGCUUUCUCAGCUGAAUCCCAAAGCCUCUUCCUGAAAGGGUUUCUUUAUAAGUAAUGGCAAUGAUGGGACAGAGAAGGAGAACCCUUUGGAGGCAGGGCCUCCCUAUGGAAACUCCCAAGGACAUUGCUUCACACCCUGUACCUUUCUGUUCUGAAGACCCUCUCCCCCCAGCUACUUUGGAGGGCUGUGAAAAGAUAUUGCUGAUGGCCUUGGCUGCUUUUGCCUCUGGGGAGCCUUCCUCCUUAUCCCCAGGGUGGGGCAUCAUCUCGGCAUUCCUGUUAUCCUGGAUCUCCCAGGAUUGGGCAUUUCAUUCGGAUGAAUGCUUCUUCCCUACCCCCCCACCCCCAAGGUGGAUUUAAUUUUCUGUAUUCUCUGGCUCCAGACUUCCCCUUCCCUGGGGACAUCCCCCAGCCCCCAAGUCUAUGUGUGGUGUUACAGUGUUUACUACAGUUCUGAACUGGUUUUUUCUCUUUUUCCUCCUCUGGAAUAUAGAUUGUACAUGUUUAACAAACUCACCAUCUCUCUUACUGCUCAAAAUGUGGGAUACGAGAUGACUGUGACCCUGGUUGGAUAUUAAACAUGUUUUAUGUA